AUGCCCAGCUGCCCACGUUACACCAAAGAGCAGUUGCUCGACAUGCUUCAAGAGCAAUGUCCCGGUGUCAUGGCCAGACUUCCCUCGCCUGAAACUUUCAUCUUCCGAGAUCUUCGAAAGCCAAUGCUUCGUAUUGGCACCUGCACUAAAGGAAAGCGCAGCCCAACAACGUACGAGCUUCAUGUUCAGUGUGGCGGCAAGCCCGAGGCAAAGCCUGUCUUGCACUAUGACGUCGAAAACGACGAUCGAAGCUUCAACGGCGAUGGAUUCUUCAAGAAUAUGAACGGGACGUACAUUUACUCGGAUAAGCUCAAGGCAGUGAUCGCCUUUGUCUUUGUUUACUGCGGCCAGAUGGAUGUGUUCUGCGACUUCGGCUUCGGAAAUGGCUUCAAAUUGCUGGUCGAAGUACUGAAUCAUGUGCUCUCUGAAGUCGAGGAUGGCGCCGCCUCCAGCAACGAUACUGCAGAGGCUUCAGAUGCGCAUGCAAACAUGGUCAAAAUCCCCGAUGACGACCGCUCUGAAGAGAUGCUGCCCGAGGAAUACCCUCAUAAGUCACUGGACAAUAUACUCUCUGAGAAGCCCAGGAAGAGAUCGCUUAGAGUCGAAAGCGAUGAACACGUGGUGCAGAAGAAGCUCUGCGUUGAGUAG